UAUUGACCAUGUCAAAAAACGAAACAUUAACGUCACCAAUAGCUGCUAACAACGAAACUUGUUUUGCAUACCCUUUUGAAGCUGGUUGUACUACUAACCAUUCUUCUAAUAAUUUAUCAAAAGACUCCUCGUUAGACGCAAGGUUAAUAAUUCUUUUAGAGAAGGAAACAGAAUUAAAACUACAAAUUGAUGAAUUAAUAGAAGAAAUUACGAAUUUAGAAGCAAUUACAAAAAAUAGAAGUAGAAGUAAUGGUGUUAAUGAAGAAGAUAAAGAAACAAAAAAGAAUGAAUUAAAGAAAGAAAUUGCCGAAGAGAUUUGUUGGGAAGAUUUUGAAGCUCCGGAAUGGUGCGUACCUAUUAAAGCUGAUGUAUUAACAUUUGAAUGGGACGAAUUUGCUAAAGAAUGUCAAUUUGAUGUAAUUUUAAUGGAUCCACCAUGGCAAUUAGCGACACAUGCUCCAACACGCGGUGUAGCUAUAGCCUAUCAACAAUUACCGGAUGUUUGUAUCGAAGAAUUGCCAAUUCCUAAAUUACAGAAAAAUGGAUUCUUGUUUAUCUGGGUCAUUAAUAAUAAAUAUUCUAAGGCAUUCGAAAUGAUGAAAAAAUGGGGCUACACGUACUGCGAUGACAUCACAUGGGUUAAGCAAACGGUGAAUAGAAGAAUGGCCAAAGGACAUGGAUUUUAUCUACAACACGCGAAGGAAACAUGUUUAAUGGGAAGAAAGGGAGAAGACCCUCCGGGAUGUAAUCAUUCGAUUUCUUCGGAUGUGAUAUUUUCAGAACGACGAGGACAAAGUCAAAAACCCGAAGAAUUAUAUGAAAUGAUUGAAGAGUUGGUCCCAAAUGGAAAUUAUUUGGAGAUAUUUGGACGUAAAAAUAAUUUGAGAGAUUACUGGGUAACUAUAGGAAAUGAAUUGUGAAGCUUGUAUGAUUAAAGAAUUUAGAUUUAUUUGCAAUAUUUCUCAUGUCAAUAAAGGAAUUUAC